CACUGUACAGAAAGUACUUUGUCAAGUCACCAUUUUCUAUGAGAAAAUGGUCAUGGCAGGAGAAAAAAACACACUCACAAACAGAUAAUGUAACAGCUGUUCAUAAUUCUAACACACUGCCAGGGCCACUCAACAUGAUCCUUCUGACAGAACACAAUAUAAUUGUUCUCCUCUUCCUUGUUCAUUUGUUGAGUAAUUAUAAGAUUCUAAGGAAAAGGCUGUAGGUAUGCAUGACUAACUGCCUGCAUGAUGACAAUGCUCAUGUGAUACGGAAAAACAGUGAUACAUAACAUUUUGGUGAUGUGUACCUGGAGUAAAGGGACUUUGGCAAGAUAUUUAGAAUGAAACCAGUGAUUUGCCUUCCCAUUUUCUAGCUUCAGCCAUUAUUUCAGACAACAGUGGCACUGUGACCUAAAUUCAAUUAAAGCUCAGAUGGGGUCUGUAGCCUUCUGGGGUUCUAUAAUGGGGUCAUAGAUAUGAUACAACAGGGAGGGUCAUAAUUUAUGUAUUUGGGUCACAGCUUUCCCUUAACACCACCCCUCCAGCUGCACCCUGUCAUAUGACACCCAACCUGUGAUGCAUUACACCAGCCAGUGCUUUCCAACAGAGUUCAGAGGAAUGUGUUUGUGCAUGUCUGUUGUACUUUGCCCUGCCUCUUGCUUGGAAUAAUGAUGCACUGCCUCAAAGUGUUCCAGGAAGAAACGAUCUUUCAAGCAAGCUAUGGCCUAUAUUUGAGUGUUGUCUGUGGUUUGUUGCAACAAACUUGACUUAUUUUUGGGAAUUUCAAUGACCCAACAAUAGCUGUGAAUGGAUCAAAAGUAGAGAGGCUUAUAAUGUUAAUUUAACUCUUAUCAGUUAAUGGACUUUGAUUAGUUUAAUGUGCCAUUUUGGGUGGGACGUUCAGUUCCACGUCGAAACGUAUCAUAACAAACUAGCACACAAGUUUCAUCAGAGCUUCAGUGACUAGUUUGAAUGGAUCUGGUGAAACACACCGGCGGUUGCCACUGUGGGGCUGUAAGAUUUGAAGUCCUAAGUUCCCCAGACCUCCAUGUUUUCCAAUGCAACUGUAGCAUUUGCACAAAGAAACAAAACCAUCAUUUCAUUGUUCCAAAGAAUCACUUCACACUCUUACAGGGGUCAGAUUAUCUGAUCACAUAUACGUUUAACACUCACAUUGCUAAACACACCUUCUGUAAGACUUGUGGAGUUCAAAGUUUCUACACUCCACGCUCCAACCCUGACGGCUACGGCGUUGCUCCACACUGUCUGGAUCCAGGUACUGUCCGCAGCGUCACAGUGGAGACGUUUUGUGGGGAGAAGUGGGAAGAAAGCAUGCAAGCUCACAAGAGCAUCAGAGAUAUGUCUAAACCUGAAGCAGACGCACAGCUGAAAAACACACAAUGACAACACUGUGAUUUAAGAAUCAAGCUUAUUUUAAUCAUCAGUAUCAAAAAUGUUUUACAGUAUUUUUUAAUAAUCUUUGACAUAAGAUUACAAAACUGUAUCCGUAGUGUUGCUUUCAUACAGUGUAAUGACAAUAAAGAUGUUUGAGAAACGAAAA